UGCAUAGAUACCAAACUCACCCCCAACAGAAGUAGAACAGAACGUCCAGACGUUUGUAGAAUCGCCAUUGUCGGUUCGUUUUUGACAGAGCUCCUUUUCUCCUGCAAAUAUAUAUUCAUCUUAUAUCGCACGAAUUUGAUCCCAAUCAAACAACUUCACCUUCUUCUUCUUCUCGAUCGCUCGCGAAAAUGGCUUUCAACCCUCAGCUUUUCCCCAAUGGCAUGCCGGUUCCUUUUGUCAACGAGAUGUUCGUUCUAGCCAGAGACGGCGUCGAGUUUGAGGUGGACAAAAUCCCUGGAACUCAGGGGGGUCAUGUUAAAGCAAAGGGAAUGAUUUACUUGUCAAAUAUACGCAUGGUCUUUGUCGCAAAUAAGCCCGUUGGAGACUUCUUUGCGUUUGAUAUGCCCCUGCUUUAUGUCCGUGGUGAAAAGUUUAAUCAACCAAUCUUCUUCUGCAACAAUAUUUCUGGUCAAGUGGAGCCGGUGGUUCCGGAAAAUCAACCUGGAGCGCUCUAUUCUACCCACUCAUUUAAGAUUUUGUUCAAGGAAGGGGGUUGUGGUACCUUCGUUCCUCUUUUCUUUAACUUGAUUGGUUCUGUCAGACAAUAUAACCUGCAUUAUCAACAAGCCAAUUCAAGACCGGAGCCCCAUGCGGAUCCUUUACAAGCAGCACAAACUCCUGUUGAUGAGAUGAUAAGACAUGCGUAUGUUGACCCCAAUGAUCCAACCAGAAUCUUCUUGCAGCAACCUACCCCGGACUCUCAGUUAAGGCGACGCACUUACCAGUCCCGUCCGGCUGAACCCUCUAUGUAAUGUUGUCCUUCAGUGGUAAAUAAAAAUACUCGUUGAAGAACCAACGAGAAAUAUGAAACCAUGAUGCGUGAAAAAGAGUGCAUAAAUAAUACGCUUGAUAGGUUAUACGUGGUAUAUUCAAUAAAGUGUGAUAUCUAGUUGUUGCCCUGUUUGCUUGUAACGACUCCUAAAUUCUUUGUUCUAUUUAUCAAUCAUCCUCUUGAUAUGGCGCAACAUACAAUAAGGCGCCUUUGGCGAAACUUCUACCGUUAUUAAAAAUCCAGAAUUAAAGACAAC